CAAUAAUCUCGAUAAUAGUUCACCGAGGUCGCGCGCAAGAAUGACCGAGAAGAACCGGUCCUGGAUGGUCCAACUUGCGCCGAUUUACGCAACAAUCGACAAAAUAUCGGUAUCCGGAGCAAUCGCUCGCUGACUCAGACGAAUUCGCGACUGGAGGGGACAAGGACGAAAGGCCGUGCGCGUAUAACAGAUGGCGGUGACGGAGAUUUCUAGAGUGAAGCGGUCAUCGUUGGUGCCAGUGUAACAUAACUGUCGCUCGAGUUCGUGACAAGUCGCAGGAACGCGCUCGACGUUUCGUCAAUUACGCACGAUAGAUCGUAAAGUUCGUUCUUACGUUCGAGGAGCAAAGAGAGUCGCGAUGGCGCCGAUCGCGGAUCAAGGUUAUACGUAUGAUUUGGUGGUCAUUGGUGGAGGAUCUGGUGGUUUGGCCGCAGCGAAGGAGGCUGUGGGGCUGGGAGCAAAAGUGGCAGUUCUGGAUUAUGUGACUCCCUCUCCUCUUGGUACUACUUGGGGAUUGGGUGGUACUUGCGUCAAUGUAGGAUGUAUACCAAAAAAAUUAAUGCAUCAAGCUGCAUUACUUGGUGAAGCUGUUCAUGAAGCAUCAACAUUCGGUUGGCAGUUGGAUCCGAAAACUGUGAAGAUUGAUUGGGAAGCCUUGACAACAUCUGUACAAAAUCAUAUCAAGUCAGUCAACUGGGUUACUCGAGUCGAGCUUAGAACAAAGAAAGUCGAGUACUUCAACUGUCUUGGAUAUUUCAAGGAUGCUCACACAGUGGUUGGAGUUACCAAGAAGGGCGAGGAAAAAGUCUUGACAGCUAAAAAUGUACUAAUUGCGGUGGGCGGUAGGCCUAGAUAUCCCGAUAUUCCAGGUGCUGUAGAAUAUGGCAUAAGUAGCGAUGAUAUCUUCAGUUUAGAACGUGCUCCAGGCAAGACUCUUAUCGUUGGCGCUGGAUAUAUUGGUCUGGAGUGUGCUGGUUUUCUUAAUGGCUUGGGCUACGAUGCGACAAUAAUGGUUCGAUCGAUCGUGCUGCGUGGAUUCGAUCAGCAAAUGGCAAAUCUCGUUGCCGAAGAGAUGGAGCAACGUGGUGUGCAUUUUAUCUAUCAAGCAAAACCUAAGAAGAUCACGAAACAAGAGGAUGGCCGUCUGCUCGUCCACUGGGUCGACAAGGAUGGUGAAAUUCAUCAAGAUGUGUACGAUACCGUUUUAUUUGCCAUCGGCCGACGUGCGCUCACGCGGGAGUUGAAACCAGAGAAUGCCGGACUGAAGCUUGUUGAAGAAACUGACAAGAUCGAUGCAAUUAAUGAACAAACAAAUGUUCCAAAUAUUUAUGCAGUUGGUGAUGUGCUUCAUAAAAAACCCGAAUUAACACCCGUCGCUAUACACGCGGGUAAACUGCUAGCAAGAAGAUUGUUCGGUAACUCGACGGAACAAAUGGAUUACACGAAUGUGGCAACAACGGUGUUCAGUCCUCUGGAAUACGGAUGCGUCGGAUUAAGCGAAGAAGCUGCAGUGGCGAACCACGGGGAGGAUGCGAUAGAGAUUUAUCAUGCUUACUACAAACCAACGGAGUUUUUUGUACCCCAGAAGAAUGUUGACCGUUGUUACGUGAAGGUUGUCGCGCUUAAAGACGGCGAUCAGAGGGUGCUUGGAAUGCACUUCGUUGGACCCAACGCAGGCGAAGUUAUUCAAGGAUUCGCGGCUGCUAUCAAGUGUAACUUGACAGUACCGAAACUGAAGUCCACCGUCGGCAUUCAUCCAACGGUAGCGGAGGAGUUUACACGCAUUUUCAUUACCAAGCGUUCAGGCUUGGAUCCGAAGCCUCAGAGUUGCUGCAGUUAGAUCGAUGCACGCGUAGCAUCAUUGUGCUUUUUCCCGAAUGCCGAUUUUAUCGAUUAUCCAUUAAGGAGUUAACGCGAUUUGUACUGUGAUGUGAGAAGAGCAAGGUAAUCUCUUUUGGCUGAGAUAGCUUUUCGCCGCAUACAAGAAUGCUGGAAUACCGCAGUAUUACAAAAGAAACAAUAAAAGAAUGGAAUCUAGAA